GUACAUUGUGGUUCGCAUAUUUCAACAAUUACACGAGUAAUUUUUGCAUUUACCUGCUGCUACUUGGACUGGUUGACAUUUUAUCAUUGAGUACAAAAAAAUAAUAUUGGAAUCUUAUCUAACUAUUAACAGUAUUCCUUAAAUGAAUGCAUUUUUAAGAUGUUAACAUUAAAAUUUAAACAGUUUUCGGGUAUUUCCAAAACACUUAAAAAUGGGGUCAACUUUAGCACAACUAUUAAAAGAGAGGUUAAUCCAAAAACUGCUGUGCUCAUGUUGAACAUGGGCGGACCGCAAACAACAGAUCAGGUACAUGAUUACCUGUUACGGAUAAUGACUGAUAGGGAUAUGAUACAGUUGCCGGUGCAAAGUAAAUUGGGUCCUUGGAUUGCUGAACGACGUACACCGGAAGUUCAAAAGAAAUAUCAAGAAAUUGGAGGAGGUUCUCCGAUUUUAAAAUGGACUGAGCUACAAGGUAAUUUGAUGUGUAAGGAAUUGGAUCGAUUAUCGCCGGAAACAGCACCACAUAAACAUUAUGUUGGUUUUCGUUAUGUGAAUCCAUUAACAGAAGACACUUUAGAGCAAAUUGAAAAGGAUGGUCCCGAAAGAAUAGUUUUAUUUUCUCAAUAUCCUCAAUAUAGUUGCGCAACUUCUGGGUCUAGCUUUAAUUCAAUUUACCAACAUUAUCGUGAAAGGUCUGUGCCAUCAAACAUUAAAUGGAGUGUCAUUGAUCGAUGGGGUUCUCAUCCGUUGUUGAUUAAAACAUUUGCCGAUCGCAUUCGUGAAGAACUGGAUAAAUUUUGUGAAACCAAACGCAAAGAUGUGGUUAUUUUAUUUACCGCUCAUUCUUUACCUUUGAAAGCAGUGAAUCGUGGCGACCCUUAUCCCUCGGAAAUAGGGGCCAGUGUACAUAUGGUUAUGAAGGAAUUAGGCAACUGUAAUCCCUACAGUUUGGCUUGGCAAUCAAAAGUGGGACCACUGCCGUGGUUGGCCCCAGCCACUGAUGAUGCUAUUAAGGGCUAUGUCAAACAAGGCUUAAAGAAUUUCAUUUUGGUACCUAUAGCAUUUGUAAACGAACAUAUUGAAACUUUACAUGAACUUGAUAUUGAAUAUUGCGACGAAUUAGCAAAAGAGGUGGGUGUAGAGGAAAUGCGACGAGCUGCCGCACCAAAUGACCAUCCUCUGUUUAUUAACGCCCUUAGUAACAUUGUGGCCGACCACUUGGCACAAGACCAAAACGUAAACCCGAAAUUUUUAAUGCGCUGUCCAAUGUGCGUCAAUCCAAGAUGUCGCGAUAGCAAGAAAUGGUACCAGGAAAUUUGUUCACGUUAAAUAAUUUUAUUUUGCUUUAUACGUUUUAUUAAAUAAAUUUAAUAUUUUGGGCAUUAAAA